GAGAAACUAACUGGGAUGGGUGUUUUCUUGCAGCUUGUGAGUGUCAGAAGGGUCAGACUUGUUUCUCGAAAAUCUACUCACCUCAGAGGAGGAACACACGCACAGGAAGCUUUUAAACGUAUGGGGAGAAGACAGAACAGUGAGAGGGGACGCCUACCGCCAUCACAGCAGCGUGAUCUGCUUCUGAACAACGCAUGCAGCCAACCAGCUUCUCCCUCAGCUGGACGGACUGAGUGGUUUGUGUCAGUCAUUUGACAGGACAGAAUGUCACGAAGGGACCAGAGGUUUCGGAGGGGAAUGAAAGGAAGGUGUUGUGAAUGUGGAUGCAUCUUGUCUCACUGGUACUAUGAAAGAGAGGGACAGCUGUUCUGUAAGAAGCACUACUGGUCUCGGUUUGGAGAACACUGCCAUGGCUGCAAGGAGGCCAUCACAACAGGGCUUGUCAUGAUUGCAGGAGAGCAGAAGUACCAUCCUGAGUGCUUCAUCUGCAUGAGCUGUGAAAUGGUCAUUGGAGACGGAGACACUUGCAUGCUUAUUGAACGCUCCAAACUUUACUGUGGACACUGUUUCUGUCAGGGUGUUGUUCCAGCGGUGAAAUCAGCAACCCUUGCAAAGAGACCCCACAUGGUGGCGCUGGUGUCGCUCCCUCCUGUUGCUGCUGGUCAGCGAGGCCUGACUUUUGCCACUGACUUCAGCCAGGACACAAAACCUCUCAUCACAGUCACAAAAUUAGACUCAACUGUCCUUAGCCCUGACCUGCUCUCUUCUGUCCAAGUUGGUGAUCAAAUAGUGGAGGUCAACGGCAUCCCAGUCCACAACAUUUCUCCAGAUGAGAUAAUCCGUGUUAUUCAGGACACACGCAGACCGCUGCAGCUGACCAUUGAAUACAACCCGCAGUCUUCUCACAGUCUCCUUGGAUCUGACAGUCCUCCAGUCAACAACAGCUGUUCUGACUCUCAUCUUUGUGACACACUUGCUUCAGCCCCAAAUCUCCCGAGCCUGGAAGAAGAGCCAAACAAAAAUCAGGGCGCAGAGGAGGAAAGGAGGAGCCUCUCGCCACAUCACUACCAAGGAAACACCGGGAUUCGAUCUAGACACAUUUUGCGCAGCUGUAGCAUAGACAAGUGUCGUCUGUCUCCUGGAACAUUGAACCUUAUAUCUCAAAAGAGAGACAUGGUUCGUUCAGAGUCUCUCAGAGUAGACCCCGGGGAACGCACACAUCGUAUCUUCAGACCCUCAGAUCUCAUCCAUGGAGAAGUAUUGGGCAAGGGCUGCUUUGGACAAGCUGUAAAGGUCACGCAUCAGGAAACAGGGGAGGUGAUGGUGAUGAAAGAGCUGAUACGCUUUGAUGAAGAAACACAGAGCACAUUUUUAAAGGAGGUGAAAGUGAUGCGCUGUCUUGACCAUCCAAACGUUCUCAAGUUCAUUGGACUGUUCUAUAAGGACAAAAGAAUUCAUUUUGUCUCAGAGUACAUCCAAGGUGGUACUCUCAGAGAGACGAUCAUAAAAAUGGAGGAGGAUUUUCCCUGGAGGGUAAGAGUCGGCUAUGCCAAAGACAUUGCUGCGGGAAUGGCAUAUCUACACUCCAUGAAUGUUAUCCACAGAGAUCUGAACUCGUACAACUGUUUGGUCAGAGAGAAUCAGUCUGUGGUGGUGGCAGACUUUGGACUUGCCAGGCUGGUGAUGGAAGAGAGAAAUCAGAGCAAAACAUCUUCAUUGGAACGAUCUGCAAGGGGGUCGCUGUCGGAGCUCCGCAGACCAGACCGGAGGAAGCGAUAUACGGUGGUAGGAAACCCCUACUGGAUGGCUCCUGAGAUGAUCCAUGGGAAAAGCUAUGACGAACGUGUGGACAUAUUUUCCUUUGGAAUUAUGACAUGUGAGAUUAUCGGAAGAGUGAGCGCUGAUCCAGAUUACCUUCCCAGGACAAAUGACUUUGGUUUAAACGUGGAAAGUUUCCUGCAGCAGUAUCUCUCUGCAGAGUGCCCCUCUGCCUUCCUGCCAAUGGCUUCCGCCUGCUGUAACAUGGAUGCUGAUAAACGUCCCUCGUUUUCAAAGCUUGAGGAGUGGCUGGACAACAUGUUGAUGCACCUGGACAUUAGUCUGCCUCUGCUUUCUGAGCUGGAGCAUGUCUCUAGAGCCUUCUGGGAGAAUCACACCCCAAAAAGCACUCACAACCAGGAUGCGCCUCUUGUUUCUCACAAGCAAAAGAGUUCAGCACCUGAACCACAGAGCCACAGUCAAAAUAGCAUAAAUAGGAAGGAAUUGAAUGGGUUUCAACAAGUUUGUGACAAUGGCCAUGAUAUGAAGACUGGAUCACAAGACACAUGUCAGUCUUGUUGCAGGUCUACAAGUAUGGAUUUAGGCAUGUCUGAUUGUGAAACUCAUGAAGACAGUAAACUUACAGGUCAACCAACAUCCCAACACGAACCCUUACAACCACAGCAGGUCAGGACACCACUGCAUGACAACUCAAGCAGGUCUAAAAGGACGUCUAAAGUGCUGUGGGACAGAUCUACAGAGGACAGUUCUUUUCUUUGACUGUUCACCUAAUGGUUGAGAUGGGACACGUCUACAGAUCUGAGACCAGUGUUGUGUUAUCAAUACACCAUGCCUUGUCAGAUUUCUGGAGAAAACGUGUUCAUACAACUGGAUACAUACAACUUAUUGGGAUUGCAGAGGGACAGAAUGUAGGUUUUGUUUAGUAGUAAACCUUGUGCAUCUUGACAUGAACUAAUUGCACAAUGCGAAGACUAAAUAAACUAAUAAAUGUUUUCACUAUAGGAGUUAAGGGACAUUUUUGGGAGGGAGGAGGUUACAGAGAAAUAGCGAUGACUUGGUCCUUUCAACCCCAUGCAAAAGCAGCCUUUUCUGGACUUUGCUAAGAUGUCAGCAUACUGAGACCGCUUCGGCAGCGAGUGAUGUCAUUGGUCAGUGCCAAAAACGGAAUCAAUUUUUACAGUCAUGUGACGUAAAAAGCAGCGUUGAUCGACCAAAACAAAGUGUUGUUUUUCCAAAAUUAUGGCAUUGUGGAUGGAUUUUCUCUGUAUUUUUUGGCGCUGGGUAUUUAGAAACAGCUCAUUUAAAGCAGUGUGAACACAUGCUUUUUUCUUUUUCUUCCAUUUUGCUUCACCAGCAGCUCUUCCAAUUUUACAAAUGCCGGUUGUUUGGCGACAUCUGCCGAUGUCAUUUCCUACUCAAAUACAACCAAUCAGCAUGAGUUACACAAGUACCGCCCCGUGACUCUACCAGACUGAGGCCUGACAUGGCCUGGUGAAAUGGAAACACACGCAUGUCAUGUGUUAUCCAGAAGUCCCAAUAGGGGAUAUGGGCUUAUUGUUCCAUCAGCCUAUCUAUAACUACAGAAGCAGCCACAACUAUUGAGAAUUUUCAAUCUUUUAAUGAUCUUUGAGACUGCCAUUUUAAAUUUAAGUCACACAUUGGGAAAAUAAGGUGUGAACACUCUUUGGUGAGUAGAUUAUAGUGAGGCAGUUUUUACAAUGUCUUGGAUUAUUCCUCAUGGCGAUUUCUCCUUACACAUUAGCCAUCUAAACAUGUCAUCUCAAACUGCCUGAUGGAAGGGUUUUUGUUUUGACUUAGUCAAGAAGCUGUGAAAUAGAUGCCACUUUAAAUUUUAUUCUUUACUGCCUUAUUUAUAUGAUUAUCUUGCGUAUUUUCCCAUGUCCCAUGCACUGAGCUGUGAAAGAACUGCUGAUUUAUCAUUGAUAAUCAAUAAAAAAGAUUUUUGAGAGUG